UGUGCCUAUGACGAUGGAGAUGAAGGACUCGGGCAGCGUGGUCCUGACAGCCUACCAUCCCCACAGCCCAGCCAGGAUCCCAGGCAUGGAGCAGAGAUUUGUGCAGGACAUCCCCCCCAGCCAUUCGCCCACCAGCAGGAAGUCUCUCCCUCAUUGUCGAAGAAUUAACAGGAUGCUUUCCAACGAGUCAACACCUCCUCCUGCAUUCAGUCGCUCCAACUCACAGGCCUCCAUGGACAGCACCUCCAUGGAAGACUUCUGGUGCGAAGUGGAGAGCAUCAAGGAGAACAGUGAAGAUGGAUCUGAAGAACCAACGCUCUUGGAGUUCAAACCUGCUGAUGAAGGGGAGCUGGAGGCAGAAUGGCUGCAGGACGUAGGUUUAUCUACGUUGAUCUCGGGAGCUGAAGAGGAGGAUGGCCAGGCCCUGCUGUCCACUCUGACCCGAACUCAAGCUGCCGCCGUACAGAAGAGGUACAACACCUACACUCAGACCCUGAGGAAGAAGAACAAGCACACAGUCCGGGAUGUGCGAGACAUCUUUGGCACCAGUGACUCUUCCCCCACAUUUGAGACAGUUCCAGUGUCAUCAGUUCCUUCUAAUGGUAUCCAGCUUCCCGGGCAGAAGCCAGUUUGGAAAUCAGUUAGCUCUAAUAGCUGUCUAGACUGUGGACUAGAUAAAAGCAGCCCAUCCAUAACAGAAGAGCUCUCCUAUGAGAUCUCUUUCUCAGAAUCCAUUACGGUCCUUCCAAAAACCCAAGAAUGGCCGAAAAACCAGAGGUUCAAAAAGGAAGACUCUGCUUUGCCAAAAUUCAUUGUUCGGAAAAGCCGGUUUGGACUGACAGAGGUUGGAGACCUCUCUCCUGAAGACAUGAAGAAGAUCCGCUACCUCUCCCUGAUUGAGCUGACAGCCUUCUACGACGCACUGGGGGUGGAGCUGAAGAGGAACCGUGCAGAGAGGGUGCGGGGACGAGAAAAUGGUCUGUUUGGAGUCCCUCUCAACAUACUGCUGGAGAAUGAUCAAAAGAAGGUUCCUGGAAUAAAAGUUCCCCUCAUCUUCCAAAAAUUGCUGCUCAAGCUUGAGGAAACAGGUUUAGAGACCGAAGGAAUUCUACGAGUGCCUGGGUCUGCCUCCAGAGUCAAGAAUCUCCAUCAAGAACUUGAGGCAAAAUUUUAUGAAGACACUUUUGACUGGGACCAAGUGCGAAAUAAUGAUGCAGCAGGACUGUUGAAAAUGUUUAUCAGAGAACUCCCAAGCCCACUCUUCACAGUAGAAUAUCUGCCCGCUUUCAUCACGCUAGUAGAAAAAAUCUCCAAGAUCAAGUUACAGCUACAAGCUUUGCAUCUGUUGAUCAUGCUGCUGCCUGAAGCCAACAGAGACACAGCCAAGGCCUUUCUUCAGUUCCUGAAGAAGGUGGUUGCUAAUGAAGGGAAAAACAAAAUGAAUUUGUGGAAUGUUUCUAUGAUUGUUGCACCAAACCUCUUCAUCUACAAAGGGAAACGCGCAAACCAACAAGAAAUGCAAGCAGCUGCCACCACUGCGCACAUCGUGCGGCUUUUAAUUCGGUACCAGGACAUCCUGUGGACAGUCCCAUCCUUCCUGAUUUCCCAAGUGAGAAAAAUGAAUGAGGCAGCAAUGAACAACAGCAAGAGGCAGCUGAUGUUUGACAAAGGAGUGAGAAAACUUCUGAGGAGAAAGACCAUGGAACGGGAGAGGCCUGAAAGACCAGAGGGAGCUGUCACUUUUCCUCCAUACCUCCAGUCUGACAUACCUGAGGGGGUGAUAAGAGUUUAUGCUCCACUGCAUUCAAAAGUCUCUAUGGCAAUUCAACUCAACAGCCAAACAAAAGCCAAAGACAUCCUGGCUCGAUUCCACUGUGAAAACAGCCGCGGUUCAUCACAGAACAUGAGAGGCCAGAUCCAAAGUUUACAUGAAAUUGGAGGAAAUAUAGGUCAGCACUGUUUGGAUCCGGACGCGUACAUGUUAGAUGUUUACCGUGCAAAUCCUCAGGCAGAAUGGAUGAUAAAACCCAAAGCAAGUUGA